AUGAAUUCUUCAACUUCACGAAUCGAUUGGUCUGUAAAUGGACCUCAAAUUACGCGGGGAAACCUCGGAGCUAGUAAUGAUUCAAAUGAUUCUCGAACGAGUGUUGGAGGGCGAGAGAGUUCUACCCUUACUGCUAGAAUACAAGGUUCGAAGACUCAGAGAUGGACUUCUACAGCAGAUGAGGACUAUACUUGGGAUUGGAACUUUGCUGCUCAAGGUGACCAAACCGAGACCAAUUCCAAUACAUCUUCAUACCCUCAUCCAGAUUUAUCAUUGCCUCAUCCAACUCUAAAUCUCGAUUUCCGUAUGUCAGUUUCCCUAAAUCCACGAAUUUCCGUUGGUCAAACACCAUUUGGACAUCGAAAUUGGAUAUCAUUUACAGGUGGUGUGUGGUCUGGAUCAUGGGGAUCAGGAAUCGUAUUACCCGGAGGUCAAGAUAGCCAACUAAUAUUACCUGAUGGGUCAGCCCGUCUGGAAACGAACUAUCUACUCCAGACUCAUGAUGAUCCUCCAGCACAUAUUGCGAUCAAAACGCAUGGUUGGAGAACGGGCCCCGCUGAAGUGUUAGCUCAGCUAGCGGACCCUGCGUUGGCUGAUCAAGUUGAUCCAAAUACUUAUAAAUUUAGGUUGUUCAUUGAGAUGGAGACAGGUGAUGAGAGAUAUAGUUCAAGGGUCAAUUGUGGAAUGUGGGUGGGUAGUGGAAUGAGAAAGGGGGCGGAGGUUAUUUAUGAUGCAUAUCGAGUAUCAUAA